UCUUUACCGCACGGCGAACGCGGCGGUUUUCUCCCUUUCCGCCGCCCUCCCUCUUUCUAGUUCCCCUCAAAGCCGUUCGCUGCCGCUGCGGGGUCGGUCGGGCGCUGUCCAGUGGCCUGGCUUCUCCUGCAGGGGAGCGCCCAUUAAAAAAAAACCCCCAGCCACCCCAAACCCAAGCAAGCAGCCAUCACGGCAGUUGCGGCCACCAGCGCCUCAGGUGGCCCCACCCCCCUCGGUCCCCUCCCCCGCCUGCCUGCUCGCUCGUCGCCGCCGCCGCCACUGCCGCCGCCGUCCUUCCCUCCCUCUUUCCUUCCUUCCUUCCUUCCCUCUCCGUCCGCGGGUGCUGCUCGUCCCUUCUCUCUUUUUCUCUCUCUCUCUCCCCUCCUUCCUCUCAGCCUCCCUCUCCCUCCUCUUCCUUUUUCCUCCCGCCCGUCCUCCCGCCUUCGCCUGCCUGCCGUAGUCCCGGCUCCCCUCCGCCAGGCGCAAGCCGAAGAUGGCAGGCUGGCAGAGCUACGUGGAUAACCUGAUGUGCGAUGGCUGCUGCCAGGAGGCCGCCAUUGUCGGCUACUGUGACGCCAAGUACGUCUGGGCAGCGACGGCCGGGGGCAUCUUCCAGAGCAUUACGCCUGUAGAAAUAGAUAUGAUUGUAGGAAAAGACCGCGAAGGUUUCUUCACCAACGGUCUAACUCUUGGUGCAAAGAAGUGCUCUGUGAUCAGAGAUAGCCUCUAUGUGGACGGUGACUGCACAAUGGACAUCAGGACAAAGAGUCAAGGUGGCGAGCCAACAUAUAAUGUUGCUGUAGGCAGAGCUGGCCGAGCAUUGGUUAUGGUCAUGGGAAAGGAAGGUGUCCAUGGAGGGACACUCAACAAGAAAGCAUAUGAACUGGCUUUAUACCUGAGGAGGUCUGAUGUCUAAGCAGCCUCUCCCCAUCCACAUAGCAACUGUCUUCAUCACCACCCUGUUGUGUUCACAAUGCUACCAGAAUGUAGAUGGUGGUUUAUUUACACAUCUUUUCCCUAAUGUCAUGGCUCCAGUUACCCUUUUUUUUGUUUGUAUGUUAAUCACUGUUGUACCCAUAUUCUGUAUCUGGCACCAUUAUUGCAACACAGAUGAUAUGCAUGAUACGUUGAAGCCUUGGAAGGGGAAUCAUGUCAAGUCCAGGCUUUGCUUUGUCUUAGCAAUUAAAGUGACAUUAAGAACUAAACCAAUUAAAAAACUAAAUAAGGUGCAGAUUGUACAAUCCAGAUUGAUCAAUGCCUCUUCAGCACUUUGAGCAUUUACACAGCUCAUUAGUCUUCCUUCUGUAGAGCAUGGUUGGGAGGGGGAAAAGUGCAUGCAUAUCUCUACUUUCUUCCCCCCUUGUCCUCAUCUUUCAUCUACUUUUUUUUUGUUUGCUUCAUCUAUAAAUAUAUAUAUAUAUAUAUACAUAUUUUUUUUAAUACAGUGCCUGGUUUGUUUAACCAAUUUGCCGCUUGAAAGCUGUUUAAAAGUGUUGCUCUAGUUUUGUUGUUGCUCUUCUGUGUAGAUUUGCAAAACUCUUCAUGGUGUCUGAAGCACAUCCUGCUUUUUACAAGGGUAACUGCAAAACUAUGAAAGGUGCCGAUGCAUUUCUCCCCUCACCUUACCACCACCAUCACCAUCUUGAAUGAAUCCCCAGGGACAUUCCAUCACUGCAAUAGCUCAGGCACGUAACUUUUUUUUGCCAGCUCCUGUUCUGUAGUUGAACUGUAUUAAAAAAAGGCUGCCAUCAUGGACUUUAGAUAUCCCAGUGUAACCAUCUGGAGUGUGUCCGGUUUCAGUUUUUCAUAGGACCAAUUUUGAUUUGCAGCGUGGGGGUUUUUAUAUGAAACUGCAGUGUCAUUGUAGAAAAACUACCACCUUCAGCUAUAUACUGGUAGGCUAGACAGACUUCAGUCUGGCAGAUCAUUAACUGGUAAAUAAGACUUGCUGCUCUGAUACCAAUGUGUGUUUUGAGGGCUGGUAGCUGUAAAAUAAAAUGGUCCAAACGGAUACCAUUUCAGAUCUAAUUGUCAUUUGGCCUGUCAUGCCCUUGCUGCAGAAAUUGUGGAGUAACCUGCCUUGUGCACUAGUUAUUUAAAACAUGUGUAACCAAAUUGUCAGUUUGAGCACGGUACUAACUUGUAUGUCCAUUUAAGAGAGAACUGCAGAACUCUGUAUACAAAAGAGAAAAUGGGAGAUGGUCUUGGUUGGAAUAACUGAGUUGGCUGUCUUGUGAUGAAUUUUUAAUAUGUAUUCUGUGCCAUACUAAUGUUUAAAAACAAAACAAUGGAACUGUUGCUAUUGUGAGAUGGAUUUUAACUGACAAGAACGGUUUCUUCUGAAUGGCACUACUUUAGGGACACUCUAGUAUUUGCUUCUAUUGUUUGGGCCUUGUGGAUAAUGUACAGACUUAAAACAAAUUCUUGUUGCUGAUUUGUCCAUUUCUUCCCCUGCACUUUGUUACAUCUGGGAUACAGUCUAACUCAUCUGAUUUAAUAUGCAUUUCAAAAAAUGCCAUAACUAUUAAACACCUUGUUUACAGACAGAUGAAAUAAAUUUAUUCCAACCAAAUGAAAUUAAGAGUGAGUGUG